UCCCCUGUCAGGACCUCGGGAGGGGGGUUGCUGGGGGGGGGUUGUUUCCGUGGCAACAGCUGGGUGACAUCCUCCCCCCCCCCAACUUCCUCCCCCGUCGCCGGGGGAACCGUGUCCUCCAUCGCCGGGGAUGUGAUCGGCUGUUGCCGCGGUGACGUCUGGGCUCCCCGUACCCCCCGAGCAGCGGAUGGAGGUACAGCUUGCCUGAGUGCUGACGGACUCCAGCGGGACUCUGGUCGCGCUCACACCCCCGCUAAUUCACAGCGGGCGACCGACUGUCCCUGACACAACCGCUGCCCAGGAGAAACAGGACUUCGCAGGCACGAGGAGGCCCUGCCGGCAGUGACCCCCCACCGAGGACCCCCGGAGCAACCACACCUAGUCCAUGAGGCCUCCGCUCACAGGUUCGCGCCGCGGGGAUGGCUCCGGUCGUGGAGGUGUCGGACGCGGGGCACUGCCGGUCGCUGCUGCUGGAGCUGAACGAGCAGCGCCUGCGCGGCCAGUUCUGUGACGUGACCAUCAUCGCCGAGGACACCAAAUUCCGGGCGCACAAGAACGUCCUGGCGGCCUCCAGCCCCUACUUCAAGGAAGCGUUGGCCGAGGGCCCGGCGUGCCGGGCGCCCGCCCACGUCCUCGAGCUUCCCGGCGUCCAAGCCGGCGUCUUCUCCGACGUCCUCAACUUCAUCUACAACUCGCGCCUGUCGGUGCCCACGGCGGCGGCCGCCCGCGAGCUGGGCGCCGUGGGCCGUCGCUUGGGCAUCCCUUGCCUGGAGGGUCUGGAGGCGGCGCCGGCGCCGGCUCCCGCCGACAUGAACGGUUCGUGGAGCCCCGGCGCCGCCGGCGCCUCCUCUUCCUCGCCUCCGUCGCCCGUCGACCUGACGUGCCCGGCGCGGGCAAGCCCGGCGGGCGAAGCGGCUUGCGCCGCCGCGCCGCCCGGUUUGCUCUUCGCCCUGCGCCCGGCGCCGUCCGGGGAGGAAACGACGACGACGGCGACGGCGACGGCGACGCUGCGCUGCGGUUUCUGCGGGCGAGCGUUCAGCACGGCGGCCGCCCUGGGCCUCCACGCCAAGCUGCACCGCGCUCGGCGCGCCUUGGCCUGCCGCCACUGCUCCAAGACCUUCAUCCACGUCAAACGCCUGCAGACCCACGAGGUGCUCUGCAAAGAGGCCGCCCAAAGCGCCCGGCACCCGCAGCAAGCCGCCGACACGCCGGGCGCCAAAGCGCCCGCCGCCAAGAAGGCUCCGCCGCCGCUGCGGCCCCGCGCCGACGCCGCCGACGCCGCCGAGCGCGACCACUUCGCCAAGGUGGUGGACGGCCACGUCAUCUACUUCUGCGCCGUGUGCGAGCGCUCCUACAUGACGCUCUCCAGCCUCAAGCGGCACGCCAACGUGCACUCGUGGCGCCGCAAGUACCCGUGCCGCUACUGCGACAAGGUCUUCGCCCUGGCCGAGUACCGCACCAAGCACGAGGUGUGGCACACCGGCGAGCGCCGCUACCAGUGCAUCUUCUGCUGGGACACCUUCGUCACCUACUACAACCUCAAGACCCACCAGAAGGCCUUCCACGGCAUCAGCCCCGGGCUCAUCUCCUCCGAGAAGACGCCCAACGGCGGCUACAAGCCCAAGCUCAACGCCCUCAAGCUCUACCGCCUGUUGCCCAUGCGCUCGCACAAGCGGCCCUACAAGACCUACAGUCAGAGCUUGGUGCCCGCCGGAUUGCUGUUGCCCGCGCGGCCGGAGGGGUUGAGCGGCGGUGGCACCGCGCCGGAGGCCGCCGAACCGCCGCGUUUCCUGCUGCCGGCGCCGCCGGUU